AUGCGGACCAAAACACUUAAUGCAGCCUCAUUCGAUUCCCCACAACAAACUGGAGCCAUCGGAAACAUCGGCACAAUCAGCGGGAGCAACAACCCUAUCAUUGUUGGUUCAAGUGGAGUUAAUAUCACUAACAUCUUCCCGUUGGAGGGACCAGGAGUGCCUGCACCCAGACCUCAGCAAAUUCAGAGACAAGACCAAGAACCAAGGCCGACGGCUCCUGAUCCUAGCUACCAAGAUGUCGGUAACAAGACUAGGGACAUUUUGAAGGGAGUUUAUAAAACAACAGGCAGUUACGUUCAGUUGUUGCCUGGGGUUGAUAAUGACCAAAUGCACAUAGCUGGUAUAUACACUAAAGUACAGUUAGAAACACGGGAAGGGGUAGCAGUUGUCACUGGCCAAAAAGGAGACACUGUAAACUCAACAGAGUAUGCCAAAAUAUUCAGAUUAAGGACAAAACCUGGGGAACUCAUCUCACGUCUCAUUUUCUAUGGCAUGGGAGGUGUGGGGAAGUCAACCAUUUUUGAUAAGAUUGCAUUUGACUGGGCCGAUGAGGCAAGCGAAUUCCUGAAAAGAUUCCAGCUUGUCUUUCUUUUAAAGAUGUGUGCCCUGUUACAAGAAUCUGACAUUGUUGAUUCCACUUUUGAUCAACUUCUAGACGAAGACUCAGAAAUAGCAAAAGAUGAGCUUGAUAAAUUCAUCCAGAACAACUCAAAUGAGGUCUUGAUUCUCUUGGAUGGGUUUGAUGAAAUGAAGACCGAAACACUCGAUCCAGUCUCAUUUGGUUCUGUCCUUAAAGCACUCAAUAGAAAAAAAUACCGGGAAUGUGUCAUCUGUGUAUCGACACGCCCCUCUCAUCUUGAGAAACUAACGUCAGAAUCACUUGUCCGAAAUCCUUGCACACACGUAGAGGUUCUGGGGUUUACUGAAGAGGAUGUUCAUGAAUACGUUCAGAAAUUCUAUGCCGAAAAUCCUACUAGUGGCAAUGCACUAAGCCAAACCAUCGAAAAGUCCAUCACGCUGCGUGAGUUUGCGACAAAUCCGAUGUUGCUCCUUCUCAUGUGCUUGUUGUGGAGGGACAGUAAACAACUCCCAGAGACAACUUCGCGCCUCUUCACCGAGGCAAUUGAUCACGUGUUCACAAGAAAACAUAUUUCAGGAGAAGUUGGUUCAAAAACAGUAAUUUCCAUUGGACAAACUGCGCUGCGUGGACUCAUGAGUGCCAACCAGCAAUACUCAUUCCAAGAAGAUGAGUUUGAACCGAAGGCGCUGGACCUGGCACUAAAAGCGGGCAUCCUAACCAAGCAGAGAGUCCGAGAGCCGCACGGCACAACUGGCAUGCGUUGA